GUCCAACAUAGGAAAUGCUGCAUCGCGGGCUUCGGCUUGGAAUAACAGGAGGUUACAACUCGUGGAAGGCAUCUGGCGUUGUUCAGCGAUGGCAGUCGUCCGUGUCGUCAGUGCGACUAGCAAAUGGCCACGCCGUGCAGUACUUUCAGUCGCAGCCAGCCCAGCCAUCGGCAGCCCCGACCUUGGUCCUUUUCCAUGGGCUGGCGUCGUCCCACCACUGCUUCAAGCACAUGUGGCCGCAUUUAGAGGCCAAGUACCCGAUUAUGGCGUUUGACUUACCCGGAACUGCCGGCUCGGAUGUAGCAGCUGCAGGACCAACCUACACGGCAGACUCUGUGCAUCAAGCGCUGGUCGAGGCCAUCACGAGUGCGAUCCCAACGAACCACCCCGUUGUGUUUGUCGGCCAUUCACUUGGCGGCCACUCUGCCCUUCGGUUAGCCAGCGACUUUCUCAAAGCACGUCGACCAGUGCACGGACUAGUCCUGCUGGCAUCCGCGGGCCUGGAGCCUUAUGUCGUGAUGCGCGGACUCGACCUGUUACCAGUCUCGCUAGUGGCGAAAUACCCCCGUGCGGUCAUGCGAUUCUUCCACUUGAUGGGGUUUGCCGACACACAUCCAGCAGAAGAGUACUCGUAUGGCGCGCUGCGGGCCAUAACUACCCCCUACGCCCAGCUUCGAGUCGCCGCCUCGGCGAUUUCCAAGGCCAACGUACCGACCUUGUGUGUGUCGGCCCAAGACGAUCCGUUCUUGACCGACGCAGUUUGGACAGACAUGUUUGUGACAUUGCGAGCAAACGUGGUACGCUACCCCAAUGGCGCGCACAACAUCCCAAAGUCCAAAGCAACGCAAGUGGCUCGUGAUAUAGACACGUGGAUCUGCGACAACGCGCUCGCCGCUCGUCCGGCCGAGAGAUCUUCUGCUGACGUCGAUUGCCAUCGUCAUGAGCGUAUUCAAAGCAUGCGCCACGACGACGUGGCCAUCUCACUCAAGACGUAAACGCCAUCUGACUUGGGAGUGGAAAUAGUAGUAUACCCAAGCUGAUGCCGCGAAAGUAAUAGUACCAUAAUUGCCAGUAUUGAAUGAUUGCAUGUGAUG